AUGAUGCUGCAGAUGGCUCAGUUGUCGCCGCCCGAGUGGGUCGGCUCUGCCAAGGCUGUCGUCGUUGACACGCCCGAGUGGAAGCACCUGAAGGCGCUGGUGUAUGACAAGCUCCAAACACAUCUCAAGGCCUCGCGCCUCGCCUCUUUCUCCGAGCUCGACGACGAAGCCAAGCUUCUGUUCAUCCAGCGCAUCGAGCUUGAGCUCGCUGCCGAGCCGCUCUACCGUCAGGUUGCAUACCGAGUUGCCAACUCAGUCGACGCUGCUCUCUCGGCCUCGGCCGAGGCCGCGCUCCGCUCGCUCACCUCGUUUGGCACCUCGGCGUAUGGCACUCGCUCCAAGACCGACGCCCUGAUCGACUCGGCAUCGGCCGCCCUCGUCUCGCUCCUUGACAAAUGGCCCGAUCAGGAGCGCAACCUGGGCGUGCUGGUCAACCAACGCCUGGUCAACCCGCUGCGCGCCUUCAUCUGGCGCCGUGCCCUCAUCCAUCCGGCCGCGGAGCGCGAGUAUGAGCUCCGCGUCGCCGACUCGGCCCUCGCCACCUUUGCCGCAGACGACGAGACCGUCACCCUUCGCGUCCGCGAGCUCUUUGUCACCGUCUUUCCGCACCUCCGCGUCUCGGUCACGCAGAUGACCGCCAUGAAGACCAUGAUCUCGUACUACGCCACCCGCGCCUCGGGCCCCGUUCCUGAGAGCAUCUACUACCUCGCCCUUCCCCUUGUCCUUGUCUUUGAGGACGCGCUCGCUGCCCGCUCCGCCUCCACCGCCCCGCUCGUCGGCUAUCUUAUGCGCCUUGCCAAGAUGCCGCGCCCACGCCUUGUCGCAAACUCGGCUCGCAAGUCGGAGCGACAGGCUUCGCACCAGUUUGCUGCCCAGUUCUCGGCGCUGCUCAAUGCCGCGGACCCCGAGCUCCACGCCGCCCUCCUUGCCGUCUUCCAAUCGUCGGCAGACGCCGGCGAAUCGACCGCAGCCACCCUCGCUACCCUCCUCUCCCAGCCGGUCGAGCACGCCUUUGUCGGCACAACCUCGAUGGACGUCACCCUCUACAUCUGGGACACAUGCCUUCUCUUCGGCUUUGAUGCCCUCUACUACUUUGCCACUGUCCUCGUCAUGCUCCUCCGCAAGGGCCUCCUCCUCUGCAAGUCGGUCACCUCCCUCCAGCGCCUCAUUGUCGACCAGGCGCCGACCCUCUCCUACACUCAAUUCCAGUCUGCCAUUGCCCAGCACUUUCUCCCUUCACUCCGCGCAAAGCUCGAGCUGCCCACCCUCGAUUCGAUGCGCGAGCUCGCUUUUGCCACUCCCUCGUUCGCUUCGGUGCUCCCCGACGCCAACCUGGCGUCCUCGGCAGGCUUUUGGGACGCGCCGCUUGUCCCGGCCGACGUCAUCACCCUUCUCGCAGAGACCAUGGGCCCAGCCGUUGCCGCCGGCCGCGCCUUUGCCGGCCUCACGCCCGACGACGCCAAAGCCGCCAUGCAAGCCCGACUCGACGCCACCACCUCGGCCACUGUCCAUGACGUCCUCGGCCUGGCCCCCUCGUCGCCGCCACAACGCCGCCUCCCGGCCCCCGGCCAACCAGCGCGCUUCGACACAGAUGGCCGCUUCCUCGCCCCGGGCAUGCCCGGCAAGCGCCUCCCUGCUGCACGCACUGCGGAGCUCAUGCGCAAGUGGCGCCUCAUGGCCUGGCACGCCGGCAUCUGGGCCUCCUUCCUCCUCGGUCACAAGCGCUACACCCCACAUGCAGAGCCCCCGGCCCCGCGCACCCUCGCAUCGACAGGCGGCAAGCCCUCCACCAUCGCCGCAGGCGCCUCGGUCUUGCUCCGGCCCAUGCUCAUUACCCACAACCGCAUCGUCGUCAAGCUCGCCGUCCCACCCAUCUACCCGGCCGUCGACCGUCUCUCCGACACCCUCGACCGCCUCUCCGAAGACCCGCGCAACCGUGGUCUGUUCCCCGCCAACGCCGACGAGCGCGACGACUUUGUUGUUGCCGUCGAGGAUCGCCUCUUCCGCUACCUUCCGUUCAUGGAAGACGAUACUCGCCUCGACAUUCUCCGCAUUGAGCUCCCACCCCGUCUCGACGGCUCGCGCCCAGCCAUCUUCCUCAAGCCCACCCCAGGCCGCUCCGGCAAGUAUCAGGUCCGAGCCGCCCUCCGCCGCAACGGCCUUUCGCUCUCACUCUUUCCCAAAAUCAUGGGUGUAUACUCGCAGGUCACCGGCCUCAGCCAGCCCGACGACCACGACAUCAUCCCGCACUCGCCCCGCGCAGACGACCGGCUCGAUGUCACCGACUCGCUCAUCCCAGGCAUUCCUGCCUCAGCCGCCGCCUCGGCCGUCCGCCGCUCCUCGCAGCAGCGCGCCCAGGGGCCAGCCUCGCUCGACUCGACGCCGCGCUACCCGCGCUCCCCGCAGGCUCCCGGCAAGCAUGCCCUCUCGCCGCCUGUCGCUCCCGACGUCGACGAGUACGAGUACGAGUACGAGUACGACGACCUCUCUGGAGCACUCGGCGGUGACGGCGAUGCUGCCGAGCCGGACGCCGACGUCGACCCGGCCAACGCCCCAGGCCUCACCAACCUGCAGAAGUUCUUUGUCGGCGUCGUCGGCUCUGCCAUGGAGUCGGUCAAGCUCCUGGCCCUCGGCGACGAGCGCGACUACUCCAAGCUCCUCGCUACCGUCCAAGGAAAGCGCGACGUCCGCUCGCGCGACCUGUACGACGCUGAAAUGGCCGCAUUUGGCAAGACCCUCACUCAGCAGGAGAUCGCCCGCCUGCCCAACAAGCAGCUCCAGGUCUACAACAAGAAGGUCCUCCGCCGCACCCACUCCAAGGAGGACGCCCGCUACAAGGAGGAGCUCCGCCGCCGUGUCGAGCGGCGCCGCGCCGCAGACGAAGCCGCCUCACUCCUGGGCCGUGAUCCCCUCACUCUUGGCACGCCGCUUCAGUCUCGCAAACCCACCCCAGCCGCGGCUCCUUCGCCCACCGCGCUUCCGCUAGCGCCGGCUGACCCGACGCCUCCUCCUCCUGCUGCUGAUGCUGCCGCCGCCGCUGCUACCGCUGCCACCGCGGUAGAUGACAUCUCACCUGACGCCGCACCUGGCGACGCCGCACCUGGCGACGACGCCGAGUUUGAAUAUGCCUACGAGUAUGAAUACGACGAUGAGCUCGCAGACGCUUCCCCGCUGCCGCCCACCCAAUGA